AUGGUGGAGAUAUUGGAUAAUCUUCUUUUAAGUCAGGUUGUGGCAUAUGUUCUGUGUUUGUACCUGCUUGUCAGAUCAGAUUCUGCAAGUGAAGGAUUUGAGAGUAUAGCAUGCUGUGCUGAUUCAAACUAUACAGAUACCCUGACCACAUUAAAUUACAUAUCAGAUUACCGUUGGUUCUCUGACAAAACAAGUUGCAGACCAAUAACCAGUGUGGUAAACCAAUCAAGCUAUGAAAUAUUACGAGUGUUUGACAUAAACAAGGGAAAGAGAUGUUACAAUUUACCGGCAUUAAAGGAUCAAGUACAUCUGAUAAGGGGUACAUUCCCAUUUGACAAUUCACUAAGGAAACCUCCAAAUUCUUCCUUUGAUGUUUCAAUAGGGGUAACAAAAAUAGGUGCGGUGAGGUCAUCCCAAGACUUGAAAAUUGAAGGAGUUUUCAGAGCCACCAAAAACUACGUAGACUUCUGCUUACUGACAGAGGAGGGUAAUCCCUAUAUCUCUCUGCUUGAAUUAAGGCCACUGCCUGAAGAGUAUCUACAGGGUUUUUCAUCUAGUGUUUUAAAACUGAUUAGCAGAAGUAAUCUUGGGGGCAAGGAAGAUGACAUCAGGUACCCAAUUGACCGAAGUGAUAGAAUCUGGAAAGAAAUUUCAAGUCCAUCAGCUCUCACCUUCUCAUCAUUCAAUAACAGCAUUUCUUACCCCAAUGCUAAUGCAACACCUCCUCUACAAGUCUUACAAACAGCUCUUACCCACCCUGAGAGAUUGGAAUUCAUCCACAAUGGUCUUGAGAAUGAGGAUUAUGAAUACCGCAUGUUUCUCUACUUCCUUGAAUUAAAUAGCACUGUUAGAGCAGGCCAAAGGGUGUUUGACAUAUAUGUUAACAAUGAUAUUAAGAAGGAGGGAUUUGAUAUAUUGGGAGAAGGAUCCAAAUAUAGAUACACUGUCUUGAACGUUUCAGCAAAUGGAUCACUUAAUCUAACCUUGGCCAAGGCAUCUGGGUCUGAGUCUGGACCCUUUUGUAAUGCUUAUGAGAUCCUGCAGGUUCGACCACAGACAGAAAACACCAACCAAACAGACUUGGAAGCAAUUGUGGGGGUAAGAGAAGAAUUAUUGGUUCAAAACCAAGACAAUAAAGUGCUAGAGAGUUGGACUGGAGACCCUUGUAUUCUUUUCCCAUGGCAAGGAAUAUCAUGUGAUAGUCCAAAUGGUCCACCUCUUAUUACUAAGCUGGAUCUUUCCUCGAGUAAUCUCAAAGGAGCGCUUCCUUCCAGCGCAAUUGAGUUGACCAACUUACAAAUAUUGAACCUGAGCCACAACAGCUUCAACGGUUAUGUCCCCUCAUUUCCACGUACCUCAAUGCUGAUAUCAGUAGAUCUGAGCUACAAUGAUCUUGAGGGAUCGCUUCCUGAAUCGUUUACUUUACUGCCACAUUUAAAGUCAUUAUAUUUUGGCUGCAAUGAACGCAUGAGCACAGAAGUUGCAGCAAACUCGAACAAUUCAAUCAAUACAGAUUAUGGAAGGUGCAAGGCACAAGAACCCUUUCCAGAUCAAGUAAUGGUUAUUACCGCUGUUGCAUGUGGAUCACUCUUGAUUACAUUGGCUGUUGGAAUUCUUUUCGUUUGUCGUUAUAGACAAAAAUUAAUUCAAUUGGAAGGAGUUGAUGGAAAAAGCAACACAACGGCAACAAAUGUAAUUAUCUCUUUGCUCAGCAUAGAUGAUUUCUUCAUUAAGUCAGUGUCAAUUCAAGCAUUCACUUUGGAAUAUAUAGAGGCGGCAACCGAAAAAUACAAAACUUUGAUAGGGGAAGGAGGGUUUGGCUGUGUGUACCGCGGCACUCUAGAAGAUGGUCAACAAGUGGCAGUGAAAGUCCGGUCAGCCACAUCAACCCAGGGAACUCGAGAAUUUGAUAAUGAGCUAAACCUGCUUUCUGCAGUACGACAUGAGAACCUGGUGCCUCUUCUUGGUUAUUCUAAUGAAAAAGAUCAACAAAUUAUCGUGUAUCCUUUUAUGUCCAAUGGCUCUCUGCAAGAUAGACUAUAUGGGGAACCAGGAAAAAGAAAAAUAUUAGACUGGACAACCAGACUAUCUAUUGCACUUGGUGCAGCUCGAGGUUUGGCAUAUCUUCACACAUUUCCAGGACGUUCUGUAAUCCAUAGGGAUGUGAAAUCAAGCAACAUACUUUUGGAUCAUAGCAUGUGUGCUAAGGUUGCAGAUUUUGGUUUCUCUAAGUAUGCUCCACAGGAAGGAGAGAGCAUUAUUUCUCUUGAAGUAAGAGGAACCGCAGGAUAUCUCGACCCUGAGUACUACACAACCCAGCAAUUAUCUGCUAAGAGUGAUGUUUUCAGCUUUGGUGUUGUUCUACUUGAAAUUGUGAGUGGUCGGGAACCACUCAACAUCCAUAGGCCACGGAACGAAUGCAGCUUGGUUGAAUGGGCUAAACCAUAUAUAAGGGCAUCGCAGGUUGAGGAAAUUGUGGAUCCUGGCAUCAAGGGAGGAUACCAUCCAGAGGCAAUGUGGAGAGUGGUGGAAGUGGCACUGCAAUGUGUUGAACCCUUCUCAUCACAUCGACCAAGCAUGGAUGACAUUGUACGUGAGUUGGAGGAUGCUCUAAUAAUAGAAAACAAUGCAUCAGAAUACAUGAAGUCCAUAGAGAGCCAUGGGGGAUCCAAUCGCAAUUCCAUUGUUAUAGACAAAGGGGUGCUACCCUCAACUCGAUCAACAGCAGAAUCAACAAUCACGACCAAAAGUUUGAACCAAUAA